AUGAACCGUCUUAAAGUGAGCAGCAUUCUGUUUCUGAUAUUUAUAGGAGCUCCAUCGGUACAAUGCAUAUACAAGAUAUGGCUACCAAAUGCAAACUUCGGCAACCCAAUUAAUUGGGACAAGAACCGACCACCGUGUGGUGAUGAUAUUGUCGUUAUUCCAGAGGAGAGUCCAUCCAUAUACAUUCAAAUCAACACCACUCUACAACAGAUUGUAUUACCUAAAAAUGGAGAGAUGAUAUUUGGCCCCGGAAGUGCGAUUGCUUUCACUAACGAGCCAGAUCACAGCGCGGAGUGUCUUAGUUCUGGAUCCGAGAUUACAUUCAACCUGUCAUACCCCUACGGUUGGCUGGACUAUUCCAACUGGUGUGCGUCCGAUACAGAGACGGGAAGUUGUAAUUCUGCAGCUCUUCUCGAUUCCGAGAAGAUCCCGUGUCAGACCGAUGAUGUGGUAUUCCCUAAAUAUAAUUCCUAUUACGUAAAUGUGGAAUCAGGAUUGACACUGUCGAUAAAUACUCUGAAGAUUACAGGCACUGCAUACACUACGACAGGAUUCUCCGAGUUCCUGAACACCAGUGACGGGAAAAUGAUGUUCCCAAUCCCACCGAGCACCGGAAGUAGGUCUUCUGUACUAAUUGCAAGACAGAAAUGUACGGAUCCAACUGGCUGCGCAUGCGGAAACGAUGGACAACAAAUUUUAAAAAGUGUGUGUAGAUACAAAAACCCAUUUUGUUCACGGAUCCGUUGUAAACAACCCAUACGUCCAUCUGGAUCAUGUUGCGAGAUAUGUGGUGCCAUAUUAUCUAUUCAGUACGGAACUGGGUUCAACUUUGCUGAUUUACGCGAUGGCUUACAGCGUCGUUUCCUUGACGACAACGAUAAAUAUAAAGAUGUCCAGUACAUCGUAUCCAAGAUGUCGGACGGGCAUGUACAGAUAGUGUUGUCGGAUGUGUCUGGUGACUUGAGUAUAAAGGCUGGCAAGCAGAUGAAAUCUGAUUUAGACAACGAUAACAGUGGGAGAUUUAUAUAUGCUAUCCGCAGUGUUUCUAUGGAAACAUCAUCUGGAUUAAACCCGACGCAUGGAGCACAAACUUCUAGGUUGGCGAUGUCCGGCGGUGAGAUUGCUGGGAUCGUUGUUGGCCUGCUAAUAGUUCUCCUAAUUAGUAUAUUUCUGGGAACAUUAUUCUACCGCCGUAAAACCAGGGGACCUGAUGAUAUCGCUUUUAAGAUGUUUGACAGAAUUUCCUUUAAACCAUCAUUCCAUAAACCGCGUUUGGAAGUGCCCCCAUCUUUUUCUUACCGGUUCGGCGGGUCUUCCGUUACACCGGAAACAGUGGGUGCGCAGUCACAAGGUUUCGAUAAUCCCAUGUAUGGCAAUAAUCCACUCUCGAAUGAGAAACCUUUAGAUCUCGAAAUGAUGCCAACAUCGCUCCAACUUCCGGAAGUUGAGGAACAGCCAUCCUAUGACAACGGAUUGGGGUUUGAUAAUCCGUUAUAUGAGAAUGUGCAGGAAUCCGCCAUGUUCAGUGAUCCAACAGAUGUGGAUGUCAAGGUCGAAGUUGACGACAGUCUGGGAACAGACCUGGGUUCUAAACUAAACCUGUAAACAGCUUUACCAUAUUACUUUGUCACGGAUUCUUAAACUAUCCUCGAAUUGGAACAAACCUGUAUGUCACAAAGUCCUCGUUAUCGACAUGAACAUUACAACACAUAACAAACAGUUUGAUAACCGUUUAUAUUUGCUUAAAAUAGAGUACAUUUGACAUAUAACACAUUUCUUAUCUUUGUAGAUCUAGUGCAAAUCUAACUGUUACAUGUUUUGACGACACUUACAAUAAAAAUCUUAAA